AUGGAGAAGAAAGAAACAGAGAAGGAGAAGAAGAAACCCAACUUCAACCUCACCGAGUUGAUUCCUGAAAUGAUUGAUCUUUCUUUUGAUCAUGAGAACAAGAAGACGAUGAUCAACGACAAAGAGAACCAGAACACAGUUGAUCUCCUUGAGGAUUUGAUUCCACUGAUUCUGGUGAGGUUACCUGUUCGAUCUCUCCUCCGCUUCAAAUCGGUGUGUAAGUCGUGGCUGUCUCUGAUUUCAAAUACCCAAUUCGCAAAAUCACAUUUUGAUCUAGCUGCUGCACCCACUCACCGUUUUCUUCUCAAAAUAAUCAAUGGUGGUUAUGAAAUUCAAUCAUGGGAUUUUGAAGCAUCGCUUCGCGACGAUUCUGCUGUGGUAAACCUCAAAUUCCCACCCUACAAUGCCCCCUUUUUUCUGCCUUUAGGUUCUUGCAGAGGUAUUAUUCUGUUAGUAAAAAUGAUGGGUCCAUCAUCUGGUGAUCUCAUUGUGUGGAACCCUUCAAAUAGUUUCCAUAGAGAAAUUCAAGCAACAUAUGGCUAUGAUGAUUGGGAUUCAUGGUAUGACACAUCAUCAACCCGUGUCCGCCAAGGAAUUCCAUGUUAUGUUGGUUAUUUUUUCACUGGUUUUGUGUAUGGUUUUGGAUAUGAUCAUUCCGAAGAUGACUAUUUGCUUAUUGAGGUUUUGUCUGUCAAAACCAAUGUGCCCUCCUUCAUUUAUGGCGAAGAGUUGGAAUAUGUGGAGCUUGGAGGUGAGUCCUCAUGUGGUUUGUUCUUGAAUCAGUCCCUGCAUUGGUUGGUCAUGUCCAAGGCUACAGGGCUUCAUGUAAUCAUUGCCUUUGAUUUGGUUGAGAGGAGUUUAUCGGAGAUUCCUUUGACACCUGAUUUGGCACAGGAAUUGGCAACACUUGAAAAUUAUUAUUUGAAGGUACUAGGAGGAUGUCUUGGUAUGUGUUAUAAUGGUGUUCGUGAUGAAUAUGAAAUGACUGGAAUAUGGGUCAUGAAAGAGUAUAGAGUGCAGUCUUCUUGGACUAGAUCUUUUGUUCUGCCUAAGUAUGACUUUUUACCAAUAUGCUUCACUGAAGGUGGUGGUGUUUUUGGAUCAGAUAGCAAUGAAAGAUAUGAGAAAUUUGAUGAUAACAGAGAACUGCUGGAGGAUCACACAUAUGGACAAGAGAACGAAGAUAUUUUUGAGUAUUCUGAAAUGUGCAGGGAGACCAUACUAACACUCCCUAGUGAACUACCAUGA